ACUGAGCAUGAUGAAACCUUUUCAUCUGACUCAUCAAAAUGAUCACGAGUUUGAGCGAGUAAAACGAGAAGCUGUGGGCAGCAGACUGAAGUGUACAUGCCUAAAUCAGUCAGACCAAGCCAAUACGCCUCAACUGUAUUUAAGUUUCAUCCUGGUCAGUGAAUCAUAUCUUUUGUUGCCAGCACUCUGGCUCUUCUGUAAUGGACUCAUGGCAAAGAAAUUCUAAUAUCUGAAGCCUGAGAGGGGGCAUUGUGGUGUUUCUUUAAUCAGAAUCGGAGUCAGAAAAGGAUUUAUUGCCAAACAUUACUUUCCAGUCAUGGGUGACUGGUCUUAUAUGUCAUCACUGCUAGACAAGGUCCAGUCUCACUCUACUGUGGUGGGGAAGAUCUGGAUGACUGUCCUCUUCCUGUUUAGGAUCUUUGUCCUGGGUGCUGCUGCUGACAAAGUCUGGGGAGACGAAGUGUCAGAGUUCCACUGUGACACCUCGGAACCAGGAUGUGAACAUGGGUGCUACAACUGGAUGUUCCCAAUAUCCUACAUUCAUUACUGGGUCCUGCAGAUCACCUUUGUGUCAACACCUACCUUAGUCUACCUAGGCCAUGCUGUCCACAUCAUCCACAAAGAGAAGAGGAUGAUGGAGAAGCUGCAGGACAGCACAAAUGGAACUGUACUUAGGAAGGCAAGGUAUACAGAUGACAGAGGGAAAGUAAAGAUAACAGGCAUCCUCUUUUGCACUUACAUGACCCAGCUGAUCUUCAAGAUCAUCCUGGAGGUGGGAUUCUGUGUGGGCCAAUUCUACAUCUUUGGCACCGUGUUCAUGGUUCCCUACUUUCACUGUACUAUAUCUCCACCUUGUGCCCGUUACAGUGGUGCCCAGUGUUACAUUUCUCGUCCCACCGAGAAAACAAUUUUUGUCUUCUUCAUGCUUGUGGUUUCCGGCAUUUCCGUGAUCCUCAACAUCAUGGAGAUGAUCUACCUGCUAUGUAACAAGAAGAGAGACUCCAGGGAAAUAAUUCAAGCUCAGCAGCAUGUGCUCAUCUCACAGCAGUGCCCAUCCAACCCAGAUUGGGGAACCAUGAGCAGCAAGUAUGGUGGGUUCCCAUUGUUGCCUCUACCAACCCAGGGUACAACAGGCUUCUGCAAUGAUGACAAACACAUUGACUCUGUCAGGAAAGAAAAGGACACCUAAUACAUGAAUUAGAAAUGUUAGCUUUGGAUGUUUCUUGUUAUUAUUUUUCUUAAGUUACUCUUAAAUAUGGGGUGGCCUCCAGUUCACCCAGUAAGAGCGUUCACCCCCUGUUGGCUGAGUCCUGCAGCGGUGCGGGUUUGAAUCCGACCUGCUGCAUGUCAUCCCCCAUCGCUCUCCCCCUUUCAACUCUUUCCACUGUCACUUCAUAACAAAGGGAAAAAGCAUAAAAAUAAUUUAAAAAAAGAGAUACUCUUAAAUAUUUAAUUUAAAAACGUACAUAAAAAAUCACAACACUGCACUCUGAUGGUCAAUAACACCAGCUCCCAGAACCCCAGGGGAUGGAGCCUGGUCAGCCCUCAAGACAUUGGAACAGGAUCUGAGUAUUACACUGGAUGAUGAGGAGCAGAACAGAAUUUGUAAAAAUAUUAAAACUAUAUCCCACGAUGUGAGGGUGGUGGCAUUUAAAAAGAUGUCAUACAGACGGUUUGCCAGGUUGGAUUUCUACACAGAAUAUGGGGAAAGUACUUUUGGUACUUUCUGGAGGGCUCCCAAUAAAUUUAUAUGAUGUAUAUGAUGUGUUUAUGGUGUUGUCAUUAUACAUAAGUUUAUUUGGUAUACAGUUUGUCUAUUAUGUUAUUAUUUUGUUGUAUGGAUGAAAUCACAAAUAACACCAGCUCCACAGUAUCAGAAAUGCUAAGUGGAAGAUAUAGAGUUCCAAUGAUGGAACAAUUUCAGUCAUUGUACAGUAAAGGACAUUGAAGUCAAUCUGUUAUCACAUGCACCAUAUUUGUAAGAUGUCAUAUUUGUAUUGAGAAUAUGCAAUAAAUGUCUACACUUUGCAACAGUGUGUGAUCAUAAGCCAUUAGUUUACUAAAGAACUAAUCAUUUACCCAUAAUUCAAAUUGAUUCUUAAUUAUUAGUAAAGAAUUUAGUGUACCAUUAAACCGUUUGAAGGCAUUAAUAAACCAGCUGCUCUGAUGUGAA